AUGAAGACAUCACCGCUGCGUAUGCUCGUCUCUCGACGAGUCUGUACCUGCAAUCUCUCCCAAAUCCAAGCCGCCCAUGCACCUUCGAGGCCUCAGCUGAUCCGACUCCUGUCAAGCAGUACCAAGCACAAUGCCCAAACCAGCUUCUCCGCGCCUGUCCCGGGCUACGGCUCGUCCGAGAUGCUCCGUCGAAAGUAUCAAAAGUCGGAACCGUCAGAACUGGAGAAAGAGAAGGCCGAGCGAGCAAGCACGGUCAAACGCAUGCGCUACUCGGGCUAUGGCAUCGCCGCCUGCACGGUAGCAAUCUUCGCUACAAUCGCACUAUACCCCAGUGAGAGCCCUAUCAGACAAGACGCACCCCCUCCCCCGACGCCGUCGACCAUCCUCGAAGAACCUUCAGCGAAGGAAGUCGAACAGAUCCCGACCGGCACCUCCACCAUCCCCUUCUUCCCUCGCAUCAUCCACGUCACCUCUGAUGCUCCGCCAAGCACGCCCGGCGCUGCAAAUGAAGGCAAGACAGACGAAGAAUACCAACUCGUGGGUCUAGGGAUUCGCACGGUAUCGUUAUUCAGCAUCCAAGUCUAUGUCGUGGGCCUGUACAUCGCCGUGUCGGACAUUGCGGCAUUGCAACAGCGACUCAUCAACGCGGUCGUGCCGCCCAGUGAAAGCGUGGCUACGACUUUGGUGCCCGGCGAAAAGGACCAGCUCCGCCAACUCCUCCUCGACCCAACCCGAGGCGAGGACAUCUGGAACGAAAUCCUCAAGGAUGGCCAUCUACGUAUGGCUUUUAGGAUCGUGCCCACACGGAACACCGAUUUCAUGCACCUUCGCGAUGGCUUCGUGCGGGGCAUAACGGCUCGGUCUGCCCACUUCGCAUCAGACAGGAACGAUACCUCCUUUCAAGACGAGACAUUUGGCGCGGCACUCAACGACUUCAAAUCCGCGUUCGGCGGCAGUGCGCGACGGAAAUUGCCGAAAGGCGAGAUCCUCCUCCUUGCCCGCGAUGGGCAAGGGAAAAUGUCUGUCUGGGAAGAGACUAGCAAGACGGGCGACCGGGUCAAAAUGGGGGAUAUCAGUGAUGAACGCGUGGGUCGGUUAUUGUGGCUGGGAUAUCUGGCGGGGAAGAAUGUUAGCAGUGAGCCAGCGAGGCAGAAUAUUGUCGAGGGAUGCAUGGAGUUUGUCGAACGUCCGGUGGGGACAGUGGCAACGCAGGUUGUUUGA